AUGGCACCAGUACUGAUUUCAGCCUUAGAAGCAGAUUAUAUACUCAAAGGUAUCGAUGAUAACCUUCGUGCUGACGGGAGAGGACGUCUUGAUUAUCGAGAAGUAAUUUUAGAGACUGGCCUUAUCACCCAAGCGCAUGGUAGUGCUAGGUGUAGGCUAGGAGAAGGAACCGACGUACUUGUUGGCGUGAAGGUUGACAUCGGAACUGUGGAUAUUGAUGGAACUGAGGAAGAAGUAGCAACAGUAAAAGCAAAGAGGGGAAGAGUAUCUCGUAGCUCUCCGAUCGCAUCACAACAAUUUGCAGGAAGAGGUGCCGAUGAUAUAAAUAAUGAACUUACACAGAUGAUGUCUCGUGUUCUAAAUGGUCCUCAAGGUGGCUUAAACCUUGAAAAACUAUGCAUUAUUCCAGGAAAAGCUUGUUGGAUCGUCUACAUUGACGCUUUGGUAUUAGAUUAUGCUGGUAAUAUAGUGGAUACAAUGUUUAUGACCACACGAGCAGCACUAUAUAACACACAAGUUCCUAAAGCAAUCAUACAUGAUCUUGGUGAUGGUGAAGUAGAGUUCGAUUUAUCGGAGGACGUAGAAGAGUGGGAAAGGAUCGAAGGUUGGGAACAUGUACCAAUUUCAGUUACCCUAAAUAAGAUUGGUUCUCGCCAUAUUGUUGAUGCAACUCCAUUAGAAGAACUCACCACCGAAGCGAAAUUGCAUGUAAUGGUUAACAGGAAUGGUAAAAUUUGUGGCAUGCAAAAAAGCGGGAGCGGUAGCAUUGAACAUAGUCUAUUGAGUGAGAUGGUUCAGACUGGACGAUCGUUAGGACAGAACCUGAUAGUCAGUUUGGACAAGAUGCUUCUACAGGAAGAAUAUGAUAUAAACGAAAAACGAAUACGAAAUAAACCUGUGGAAAAGCUUGGGUUCUUUGCAGCUACCUAG